UCGAGCUUCUGGCACGAACCCGAGUUCUUGUCUGCUCUUUGCCUCCUAGCCUCGACAAUCUGGUGACCCGAACUUCUACGUUCGCCGACCUUGCGAAGCCAUGUCCCACGACGAACCCUCAGCCAGUUCAGUCCCACAGCCUUCGCUGUCCGCUGUUGCUGUCAAACUUCCGCAAUACUUCGACCGAAACCCCGGGGUAUGGUUCAUCCAGGCGGAAGCCCAAUUCAGCCUCGCCGGCGUCACACCCCAGCAAACAAAAUUCUACCACGUCAUCUCUGCCCUUACUCCAACCGCAGCAGACGAGGUAUAUGACGUUCUAGCUAACCCGUCCCCUACAACACCGUACGACCAACUCAAGAAAGCCCUCCUCCAGCGCACAACAGCUUCCAGCCGCUCCCGUUUACAACAGCUCCUCUCGGCCGAGGAGCUGGGAGAUCGACGCCCCACCCAGCUUUUACGGCGCAUGCGGCAAUUGCUCGGAGACAAUUCUGUCUCCAUGGAUGACACUCUGCUCCGUGAGCUUUUUCUUCAACGCCUGCCACAAAAUGUGCAGAUGGUCCUGGCCACAGCUUCCAACAUGACACUGGACCAAUUGGCUACACUCGCUGAUGCCGUUGUUGAGGUGGCGAGUCCAUCUCCCGCCAUAACUGCGGUGUCACUACUUCCACCUGCUGUCCCCAGACACAACAAUGCUGCUUCGCAGAGCGCGCCAAUCACCUCCCAUUCUCAGGUUGACGACCUCUGCCGCGAAUUUCGGAGCCUCGCGAGCAUUAUUGCCGCUUCCCAAGCACAGCCUCGUCACCCCCGCGCCUCCCGACGCCGAAGACCAAGCAGUAGUCCACGUCGACCUUCCAACGGCCGUUCUACCAGCAGAGACCGGAGCCCAGUCUCGUCCAUUUGCUGGUACCAUCGUCGGUUCGGCGCAGACGCGUACCACUGUCUCUUGCCGUGCUCAUGGAAUGCGGAAAACUCUCCGGCGGACCAUUAAUGGCGACAAAUGGUCCAAGCCACUCAUCCAGUCGCCUCUUCUACAUCCGCGACCGUAACUCCACCCGACGUUUCCUAGUUGAUACUGGCGCAGAGGUCAGCGUUAUCCCAGCGACCAGCACUGACCGUCGG